AUGUUUGGAAAUUCAAUGUUGAGCUCUCUAACGAGAAUUUCAAGGCCCAUGAUGAAGAACUUCAAUGGUUUAUCCUUUCAAACUUUGGGCUUGAUAAACCCACCUCUUUCAAGAGGCUUCAAGGUCAGAACUGCUAUCAAAAAAUUCUGCAACGAUUGCUAUAUGGUCAGACGUAAGGGAAGGGUGUAUGUAUAUUGCAAAUCCAAUAAAAAGCAUAAACAACGUCAAGGUUAG